AAAGGUGACAAUCAUGGCACCUCGUUGGGCGCUGGUGGCGAUGGCGAUGGCGAUGGCAGACGUCGGGGGAGUCUUGAGCUUCCAGCAUGCAGGAGCGAUCGGAACGAGGAUAGGCACGAUGGCGAGACGUGCUGCUGUCUCCCCUCCUUCUCCUCUUCGCCUCGCCAUGAAGGAGCAGGAGGAGAAGCCCGAGGCGAGAGGAAACUUCCUGACUAAUUUCAUCUACAACCUCGAGAUGCUCCGAGUCUCCAAGAGCUCCGAAACCCCCACGGCCGACAACGGCGGGUGGUCCGGGGAGCCCAAGGAGUGGGCGCUGGAGGGGUCGUUUGCGCAGAAGGCAUCUGAGAUCUCGCAGAAGGGAUUCGCUGCCUCCAUCAAGCAGUGGAUCGCAGAGAGUAUCGCAGGGGAGUACGACAAGGAGGCGGUCAACAAGAGGAUAGACGAGACCAUCGCCCGCAGCCCCGUGGCUAUGUUCUCCUUCAGCAAGUGCCCCUUCUGCCUCCGCAGCAAGGAGCUCCUCCUCAACGAGAUCGGCAUCGACAAGUCGAACAUCAAGAUUAUCGAGUGCGACGAAGACCCGCAAGGGAACGCCAUUCGUGCCGAGCUCGGGAAGCGAACUGGUCGGACCUCGAUGCCAUCGAUCUGGAUAAGGGAACAAGGCUUCGUUGGAGGAUGCAAUGAUGGUCCAGGUAUCGUGCCGCUCCACAAGGAGGGAAAGCUUCGAGGCAUGCUAGAGGCAGCGAAGGCGUUGUAGUGUAUGAGAGAAGAGUAAAGAGUCUUCCUUGUUGUAG